GCGGCGGCGCCGGGCCCGGCCCUGAGGGAGCCGCGCCAUGAGCGUGCGGCCUCCGCAGGCCCCGGACAGGCUGAGCGGCCUCUCCUCGGCCCUGGGCGAUUCCCCCUCGGAGCGAAGAUCCCCCGGCCACGGCCGGCAGCCCUCGGACGCCUCGGAAUCCACAGGGCUGGUGCAGCGCUGCGUGAUCAUCCAGCGGGACCAGCAUGGCUUCGGCUUCACCGUCAGCGGCGACCGCGUCGUGCUCGUGCAGUCCGUGCGGCCAGGUGGGGCUGCCAUGAGGGCCGGGCUGCAGGAGGGCGACCGGAUCCUCAAGGUGAACGGGACCAUGGUGGCCAACAGCUCCCACCUGGAGGUGGUGAAGUUGAUCAAGUCCGGCGCCUACGUGGCCCUGACCCUGCUGGGAUCCGCGCCCGGACCCGCGGGAAUUCCGGGAUCCCAGCCGGAGCCGGAGCCCUCGGGGUGUCCCCAGGGGCCCCCCCAGCUCAUCACGGAGCCCAGGCCCCUCCAGGACCCGGAGGUGCGGAGGCACGCGGCGCAGAUCCUGCGGAAGAUGCUGCGCCAGGCCGAGGCCGAGCUCCAGCGCUGCCAGGCGGGCGCGGCGGGGCAGGAGCAGCUGGAGGCGGCGCGGCGGCGCCUGGGGCAGCUGCAGCUCAAGGUGCUGCAGGAGGAUUUGGGGUCCCGGCCCCUGGAAGGGGAAUUCCUGCGGAGCCUGGCGGGGUCCCCGCAGCUCCCGGGGCGAUUCCCCCGGGAUUCCCGGGAUUCCCGGGAUUCCCGGGAUGGGGACCCGGGGCUGGAAUCCGGCCCCGAGCGGCUCCCGGCCCUGGCAGAGGUAUCCCGGAAUUCCGGCUUUUCCCAGCCCGGCAGCCCCCGGAGCUCCCCCGUGCUCGGCCUCGCCACGGAUCCGGGAUCGGGGAGGCCCCAAAUCAUCGGCCCCGAGGAGGAUUGUGACCCCGGGAGCGGCAGCAGCGAGAGAACCAAGCAGGCCAAGCGCACGCUGGGGCUGGGCGGGCUCUACGGGGAGAACGAGCUGCAGCAGCUGGAGCAGCUGGAACAGCUGGAAAAACACCUGGAAAAACACCUGGAAAAACACCUGGAAAAACACCUGGAAAAGGCUCCGGAGCCGCGGGAAUCCCGGGAAUCCCGGGAAUGUCGGGAACGCCGGGAAUGCCGGGAGCGGGCGGCGGCCGAGCGGCAGCUGGGGCACCUCGGGGACAUCCUCUCCAAGUACGAGGAGGAGCGGAGCGCUCCCAUGGCCUUCGCCCUCAGCACCUUCAUGGCCCACGCCGGGAUCCAGCCCCGGGAAUUCCGGGAAUUCCGGGAAUCUCGGAAUCCCGGAGCCUCCGAGAAGAUCCCGGACAAGGACAAGUGGCUGCCCUUCUUCCCCAAGGCCAAAAAGAGCAGCAGCUCCAGGAAGGAGAAGGAGCAGAGGCAGAACCCGAUCCUGAAAUACAUCGGGAAACCCCGGAGCUGCUCCCAGAGCACCGGGAAGCCGGGCAGCGUCCGGACCAUGAUCCGGCACUUUGAGAACGGCGAGCGGCCGGAGCCGGGCCCGGCGCAGCGCCGCUCCACCGGCAGCGUCCCCGAGGGGCUGCUGGAGGCCAGCAGCUGCCCGCCCGAGGUGCGCCUGGGCCGCUCGGAGUCGCUGAAGGGGCGGGAGGAGCUGCGGCGCUCCCGGCGCGCCGAGCCCGUGCCGCGAUCCCGCAGCGACGUGGACAUGGACACCGGGAAUUCCGGGAAUUCCGGGAGCACCGGGAGCGACACCCCCCGGCUGCACUCGGCCUCCUCCUCCGCCUCCAGCCUCUCCAACAGAUCCCUGGAAAAUCCCACCCCCCCUUACACGCCAAAGAUGGGGCGCAGGAGCAUGGACUCUCCCUUCGGGGCCGACCCCCUCCUCCCGCACCUCCUGGAGGACGAGCAGGGCCCCGUCCCCGACCUGGAGGCGGAUCCCGAAUCCCAAAAUCCCCCGAAUUCCCAGAGCUGGCAGCAGAAUUCCCCGAAUUCCCAGAGCUGGCAGCAGAAUUCCCCAAAUUCCCAGAGCUGGCAGCAGAAUUCCCCAAAUUCCCAGAGCUGGCAGCACUCGGUCAGCCGGGAGCUCCUGGCCAGCCUGAGCCAGCGCGAGGUGGAUCGGCAGGAGGUCAUCAACGAGCUGUUUGUCACCGAGCUGUCCCACCUGCGCAUCCUGCGUGUCCUGGACUCGCUGUUCCUGCAGCGCCUGCGCCGGGAGCAGCUCCUGAGCCGGGAGGAGCUGGGGCUGCUCUUCCCCAACCUGCCCGAGCUCAUCGGCGUGCACGAUUCCCUCUGGGAAUCCAUGCGGCGCCUGCGGGAGGAGCAGGGCCCCGUCAUCGGCGCCAUCGGAGACCUCAUGCUGGCCCGGUUCGAGGGCGCCGCCCAGGAGGAAUUCCAGCGCGCCGCCGCCGCCUUCUGCUCCUCGCAGUCGAUGGCGCUGGAGCUGAUCCGCAGCAAACAGCGCAAGGAGGCGCGAUUCCAGAGCUUCAUCCAGGUACGGAUUGGGAUUGGGAUUGGGGAUUCCAGAGCUUCAUCCAGGUACGGAUUGGCGGGCAGCGCGGAGCAGGAGAAGCUGCGGCAGGGCGGGCUCAGUGCCAUUGAUCCCGUUGUUAUUCCCGUUGUUAUUCCCGUUGUUAUUCCCGUUGUUAUUCCAGUUGUCAUUCCCAUUCCAGCGGCGGGCGUGGAGCAGGAGAAGCUGCGGCGGGCGCGGGAGCGCAGCCGGGCGCUGCUGCGGGCGGUGGACGAGGCCGUGCGCCGCGCCGAGAACCGGCAGCGCCUGCGGCAGCACCAGCGGCGCCUCGACGCCUCGGCGCUGGAGCGCUGCAGCAACCCGCUGGCCGCGGAAUUCCGGAACCUGGACCUGACCUCGCACCGGAUGAUCCACGAGGGACCCCUGGCCUGGAGAGUGGGGAAGGACAAAAGCGUGGACAAGCGCGCCCUGUUCAUCAUCUGCACCUCGGAGCUGGGACCCCAAAUCUACGAGCUGGUGGCGCAGACGUCCUCGGAGAAGAACACGUGGAUGCAGCUGCUGGAGCAGGCCGUCCAAGGGGCCACCAGGAGCCUCCCGGGGCCACCGAAAGAGGAGCAGAGCGAGGCCGGCGGGGACGGAGGCGCCGGCCUGCUGCUGCCAGACCCCACCGUGUCCCCGGAGCUGGCCCGGGACACCGAGCCCGAGGAUUGUUCCUCAGCCGGCAGUGACCCCGAGCCCCCGGGACGGGCCCGAGCCCUGCAGGAGCUGCUGGAGGAGCCAAGGGGGGCCGGGCCGGGGGACCCCGACCCCAUCCCGGGAAUCCCCGACCCCAUCCCGGGAAUCCCCAAAUCCCCGGGAAGCGCCGGAGUGGCUGAGGCAGCGCUGCAGGAUGUGGAGACCCUGCGGCUCCUGAUUGUCCGGAGGCUCCGGCCGGGCCGGGACCCCGACGUGUCCAGCUGGGAAUUCCCGAUGUCCAGCCAGGAUUCGGUGAUGUCCAGCCAGGAAUUCCCAAAGUCCAGCCGGGAAUUCCCAAUGUCCAGCCAGGAUUCCAGGAUGUCCAGUCGGGAAUUCCCAGUGUCCAGCCGGGAAUUCCCCUCGUCCAGCCAGGAUUCGGUGAUGUCCAGUCGGGAAUUCCCAAUGUCCGGCCAGGAAUUCCCAAUGUCCAGCCAGGAUUCCAGGAUGUCCAGUCGGGAAUUCCCAAUUCGGGAAUUCCCAAUGUCCGGCCAGGAAUUCCCAAUGUCCGGCCAGGAAUUCCCAAUGUCCAGUCGGGAAUUCCCAAUGUCCAACCAGGAAGGGCCGGAGGGGCUGGAGCCCAACGGGAUCCGAAUCAACCGGAAAGCCCAGGAGGAGGGGCCGGAGGAGGCCACGCCCCCGCGCGGCUGCAGCCAAUCAGAGCCUGAGCUGCGGGAAGGAGGCGGAGCCAGCGCCGAGGGGAAUUUCUUCUACCUGAGCCUCCCCAGGGGCCACCCCCGGCCGGGAGGGGACGUCGGGGACACCCCCGGGGACGUCGGGGACACCCCCGGGGACGUCGGGGACACCCCCGGGGACACGGAGCUGAUCCUGGGCACCCUGGAGGAGCUGCGGGGGAAACUGCUGAGCCUCAGGGCCCUGGAAGCCGCUCACCGGCAGCUGCUGCGCUCUCUGCGGGGGGACAAGGCCACCGUCCCCGGUGUCCCCGGUGUCCCCAGCGUCCCCGGCGUCCCCGGUGUCCCCAGGCGGGCCCCGCCGCCCCCCGGCCCCCCGGGCACGGCCCAGGCCCCGCGGGGACACGGUGCCACCCACAGCGCUGGCAGUGCCACCAAGGGCACAGGCUCCGAGACCCCCGCCCACCUUUAACCCGGGAGGAGGGGGAUGGGCUGGAAUUUCCCUCCCCUCCCCGAAACCCCCGGAAGAUUUUCCAGGGAAUUCCGGCCGGGAAUUCCCCCGGACAGCCGGACAAAUGCACUUUGUUGGGAAUUCCCCCUUUUCCCCCCAAAAAAAUCCUAUAAAUAUGUACGUACGCCCCUCCCCCACGCUGUAAAUACCCCCGGGUGUCCCCUCCCCCCCCGGUGACAAUCGGGGGUGACACGGUGACAAUCGGGGGGUGGCACCCCCAAAACCCCGGGAUUUCCCCCCAAAAUCCCGGGAUUUCUCCCCAGAACUCCGGGAUUUCCUCAAAACCCUGCGUUUUCCCCCCCAAAUCCCGGAUUUCCCCCCAAAAUCCCGGGAUUUCCCCCCAAAAUCCCGGGAUUUC